AUGAGGAUCAUUACGUCGGUGGGAUGCAGUAGUCUCUUCUUUGUCAUGCUAACAGCUGUUCCCUUCAUCCUUGCCGCGUCUCGGCCUUCGAAUGCCCUGUACCGAGGCGGCUCCCUCUCUGUGGAGAGGUCUUCCGCAGACGUUCUUAUUUCAGAGCAAGGAACGUUCAAGGCAGGGUUCUACCAAGUUGGCGAGAACGCUUUCUCCUUUGCCAUCUGGUUUUCUGAGACGCUCGACCGGCAGAAGACGGUCGUCUGGAUGGCUGACAGGGACUGGCCUGUUAACAGCAGGGGCUCUCGGCUAUCCCUCCGAAAGAGAGGCGAUCUAGCCCUGCUGGAUGCAGACGCCAAUGUCGUGUGGACGACGGCCACCACCACCACCAACACCACCGCCGGUGCCGGAGAGGUAGCGGAGUUGUGGGAAACCGGGAACCUCGUGCUGAUGGAUGGGGACAUGAGAGUGGUGUGGCAGAGCUUCGACCACCCGACGGAUACAUUGCUGCCAGGGCAGCCAUUAACGAGGUCCUUGCGGUUAGUGUCGAGAGCAGCCGAAGGCAUUUACACCACGGGGUAUUACGUUGCUCACUUUAAUGACGACAAUGUGCUGAGCUUCAUUUACGAUGGGCCCAACACGUCCAGCAUCUACUGGCCCAACCCUGACUAUAGUGUCUUCCAAAACGGAAGGACGAGUUAUAAUAGUUCAAGGUACGCAAUUCUUGAUGACAUGGGACGAUUUAUCUCAAGCGAUAGGCUGAAAUUUUCUGCAUCAGAUUUUGGUUUAGGAGUCAAGAGAAGAUUAACAAUGGAUCUUGAUGGUAUUCUCAGGCUCUAUAGCCUCAAUCAUACAAUAAAAGACUGGGAAGUUUCAUGGAUGCCGGUUUUGGAGAGAUGUAGAGUACAUGGCCUUUGUGGGGAAAAUGGAAUAUGUGUUUAUAAACCAUCCCCUACAUGCACUUGUCCUCAUGGCUUUGAAAUGAAAGUUCCAACUGAUUGGAAUCAAGGAUGCAAACCAGAAUUCAAUAUUGUUUGCAAUAGAACCGAAGUGAAAUUUAUUCAGCUUCCACAUACUGAUUUCUAUGGCUAUGAUCUAAACUACCAAACAAAAGUAUCAUUGGAAGCUUGCCAAAACAUAUGCAAAAGUGACUGCAACUGUCGUGGUUUCGGAUAUAGGCUGGAUGGAGAGGGAAAUUGCUACCCAAAGAGCAUUCUCUUAAGUGGCCAAUCUGGUUCUCACUUUUUUGGCGACAUGUAUAUAAAAAUUCCCAAACAGGAGAACCUUACCGGCACGUUUGACCAAUCCAAUGCAGGUUGUUCAAAAGUAAGUUCACCUAAAAAAUUAGAUAGAGAUUAUGCAUCCGGCAAAGCACAGAGAGACUAUUUAAAGUACCCAAUUGGGUUUGUUAUAGCUUUUGGGGUGGCAGAAAUAAUCUGUGUGGCAUUUGGAUGGUUUUACAUUCACAAGAAAACAGUUGACCUUCGUAAUCUCAAUCAAGGUUAUGUGGUUGUAUCAAUGGGCUUUAGAAGGUUCACUUUUGAAGAGUUGAAAAAAGCAACAAACAAUUUCGGUGAUGAAAUCGGAAGGGGAGGGUCCGGGGUGGUUUAUAAAGGACUCCUAGAUGACAAGAGAGUUGUGGCUGUAAAGAAGUUAGAGGGUUUGAGCCAUGGAUCAGAAGCACAGUUUUGGAGUGAGGUAAGCACCAUUGGAAGAAUAAAUCAUAUGAAUUUAGUGACUAUGUUUGGAUUUUGUGCUGAAAAGCAGAAAAGGUUGUUAGUUUACGAGUAUUUGGAAAAUGGGUCACUGGAGAAGAACUUGUUUAGCAAUAGUACUAUGCUUACUUGGCAAAAUAGGUAUAAUAUUGCACUUGGUACAGCAAAGGCUCUUGCUUAUCUUCAUGAGGAAUGCUUAGAAUGGGUUCUUCACUGUGAUGUGAAGCCACAAAAUGUUCUUCUGGACAAGAAUUUUCAGCCAAAAGUGGCUGACUUCGGUUUGUCCAAGCUUUUCGAUAGAGGUGGAAAUAACAAUUCUGAAUUUUCUAGGGUGAGGGGAACAAGAGGUUACAUGGCUCCUGAGUGGAUUUUGAACCUACCCAUCACAUCCAAGGUUGAUGUUUACAGCUAUGGCAUUUUGGUGUUGGAGUUGGUGACUGGCCGAAAUUCCACUGGAUUUCAACAGAUAGGUGAAAAUGGAGAAGGGUACAAACAACUGAUUCCAUGGAUUAGAGAAAUGUCAAGCAUGGAAACUCUAAUUAAGGUGGCUUUGUUGUGCAUUGAAGAAGAAAGGGAUGUAAGACCAAGCAUGAGCCAAGUCGUGGAUUCUAUCACAGUUGCUUGCCUUGUUGUCAAAGAAAUGAAUGAAGAAAUUGAGUAAUCCCAAUCAUCUUACUGGUUGCUUGGGCAACUACUUUUGGUUGUUUGUUUUGUGCUGAUGUCAUACCUUAUGUUAUUGUGAAUUUAUUUGGGCAA